UCUUUUCCCUAUCAACUUCUUCUCCCAUUCUUCCACACACGAGAUCACUACUCAAUGGAGGACCAACUCGAACUGAACCCUAACUCGGUCACCAGACUCAGUGAGUCCUCGGCGCCGUCCGACGACGACGAACCGGCUCUGAGCUCCCACACCCUUGCCGCCCUCAAAGAAUUCCUGGCCGAGCAGCAGCAGCGCGGCUCCGAUGCCGCCGGAGAGUCCGAGGUUUCUCUAGUGUCCGAGGAUUGGAGGCUGAGCCAGUUCUGGUACAGCCCCGAAACCGCCACAACCGUCGCCGAAGAAGUUCUCGCUCUGUGCGGCGGCGCCGUCCACGCUCGCGUCGCCUGCAUCGCUUGCCCUACUCUCUAUGCUUAUCUCAAGAAAAUGGAUCCUAAUGUGUCUAUGCAACUUCUGGAGUAUGACAAACGUUUUGGGCAAUAUGGAAGUGAGUACACAUUUUAUGACUACAAUCACCCUGAGGAUAUUCCAUCAGAAUUGAAGCAUUCCUGCAAAGUUGUUGUUGCAGAUCCUCCUUACUUGAGCAAAGAGUGCUUAGAGAAAGUUGCUGAAACAAUUCAUCUGCUCGUACAACCUGGAGAGUCAUUUUUGCUUCUACUAACAGGUGAAGUGCAGAAAGAAACGGCAGCAGAGAUCUUGGGCUUGCAUCCUUGUGGUUUUAGGCCUCAACACUCUAGCAAACUUGGAAAUGAGUUUCGGCUGUUCUCUAACUAUGACCCUGGUACAAGACUAGGAGGGUGGGAAAAAUAGGUUCUUUUCCUUUGGUUGUCCUUCCUUCAAUGUCUCCAAUUAGUGAUUGGAUGUGAUCAUGUCUGCCGUUAAGACGACGUUGAAGUAAACAUUUCUGUGGAAUUAAUAUUUGCCUCUAGGCAACAAGUGUGAUUUUGACAUUGGUCGUUGGAGAUAUUGUCGACUUGUCUCCAUUUCUAGUAACAGGGACAUUUUUGGGUUGUAUUUGAUUAUUACGAGGAAAUGCGUUUCAAUGGACCGAUUAAAUUUGUCUUUUUGAUAUUUGAAACUUGAGGUUAAUCUUUGACCCACCAUUAUUUCAAGAUUAUUGUGAAUGAUAGAUAGUUUGUACUACUAA